AAUUGUAGCUCCAUGAGGGGAAUUGUGGGAUGUAUCUCUCCCGUUUUCUCAACAAGCAAACUUUGUGCGACAGGCAGAAAUCCAACCGGUGCAGCUCUGGCUGGCGACGGAGAUUCUGUGUGCAACAGAUAAUUACACCCUGCCUGUCUCGGAAGGCACCCCGCUCCCUCCACCUCCCUGUACCCAAAUGCCUGCAGCCAGCCCCACCUUCCCCAUCUCUCUGUCACCCUGCCGUCUAACUAGUCAGGUCGGGUUAGGACUGGGAAUGUGUGGGUGAGAAGCACAAGGGGAGAGAAAGGCAGGGAAGACGGAGGCAGAAAGAUCCCUUCCAGAUCUUGUCUCCUCGUCCUCGGCGGAAGGCUCGCACCCCAAAGAGGCCAGACGGGCACCAGGAGGAGGAGAAGGAGGAGGAGGAGGAAGCAGUAACUGGCAUAGGAUUCCGCUGGGAUCAGUAUCCUCUUGCAAGAGCAACGCGGAUAAACCACCCUGUGGAAUGGAACCAGGAAGAAACCCGGGUGCCCAGCUGAUUGCCCAGUCUCGGUUUUAAGCUCAGAAGUGUUCUUCUCGCUCGGAGGGGUCAUUUGGCGAACUUCGGCCAACUUCCACCAAAGAACCGCCAUGCAGGGUUUGAGCAGCCGGGUCCCCUUUCCUGGGGAAUUCUUGCUAGCAGCCUGCCUCGUGGGCUUGUGGGCUCCCCUGAGCCAAGCUACAAUUGGCAGUGUCUCGGUCGUGUCCAUCCCGGAGACCCCCGUCGAGGGUCAGAACGUCACGUUCGCCGUGGUCAACGUGACAGGCACCAUCCGCCAGAUCGACUGGUACCGAGGCGUGGCGACGGACGGCUCGACCCGGCUCUUCAGUUACUUCCCUGGGAACGGCAACCCGCAACGGAACGGGGUGCAACAAACGGGGAGGGAAUUUGGCUUCCCCAACGGGUCCCUCCUCAUCACCAGGGUCAGGCCCAACGACAGCAAGGUCUACACCGUGAUGCUUCUGAUGCGGCCCAAAGGCUCUCUCAAAGGGUCCAUCGAGCUUCAGCUGGCACGUGCAACGACUACCACCCCACCCCCUACGACUCCCACCACAGAGCCGCCUCCUGCGAAGGAGCUCACCAAACCUCCUUUGAUGCUGGGCUGGAUUGUUGCUGGAGUCGUGGUUGGCAUCCUGCUUUCGGGGGCUGUCGGGGCUGUCCUGGUCUACCGCUUCGUCUUACAGAAGGCAGACCCAGGCACAGGGAUGCCUACAAGACUGGAUCCAAGAGGGAAAAAGCCACCAGCACCCAAACAUGGUGACAAGGAGCCCAUUUAUGAAACGAUGGAUUCGCCUGUGGAAUCGCCCAGAGUAGAAGGGAAGGAGCCUCCGCCAAUGUCUGGACCUCUCCCUAAAUGUAAGCCCGUCGUCACGCUUUGCAGUUUGCAAGCCGGCCAGACCACUGGGACGACAAAGGGAAGCAUCGCCUGACAUCGCUAUGAAGUCAGGUGAUUGACAGGAGUUGCUUCGCAGAGCAGAAUCCAUUUACGCCGAGAUCAAGAGGUGAUACCUUGCCUUGAAAGAUGCUCCUCUGACUGCCCCCCCUCCUGCCAGCCCCCCCCCUGCUCCCUGAGAAGUGACUCAUUCCAGUAUUUUGGGAUGUGAAUUCUCCAUCUCCCAUCAUUUUGCUCUCUCUUGUCUGCUGCUGGCAGGAUCUAGAAUCCUUUCGCCUUAAGACUGUGCAUACAGCCAAGAAAUUCAACCUACCGCCAAGUUCAAAGGCGAUCGAGCCCAGGACUUUUCUCCUGAUGGGACGGAGGAGCAAGACAGAGCUUGCUGUUACCUGGGCAGUUCGAUCUCAUCUCUCCCUAAAAAUGGACCACCACGCGUGGCUAAAGUCUUGCUCCUUUUCAAGGAAUUCUGGCGGCGGGAGGAAAUAUUUCUGCUUGCGAUUGUGAUUAUUUUGGUCUUCUGGGCUUUUUCGAUAAUCCCGGGGUUUUUGUUUUUUAAAAAAGCAGCAAUCUGCUUUGGUGCUCAGAACGUCUUUCUGUUUCCUGGAGGGCUGCUCUGCAAAGUGUUGGAGGGGUGCUCUGACUCUCCCCACCCCCAAGAACCACUUUCUUUGCAAGGUGUAGAUCAGGAAAUGGGAGGCCACACACACACACUCUUUGAGGUCAUAUUUGGCUGAGGACACCCCCCUAAGAUGCUCUUAGACAGCAUCUUAAAAAGCAGAGACAUCACCUUGCCAACAAAGGUCCAUAUAGUAAAAGCUAUGGUUUUCCCAGUAGUGAUG